AUGUCUACCAGAUCCGGAAAACGGAUUCAUACUUCGUUGCUUGAAGACACAGUCGUAACGAAACGUGAACCUGCUGUAAAGAGUGAAAGAAAGACUCGAAGCAGACAAGUUAAAGAUGAGACGGAAGAAACAGGUGUUUCAUUAAUUAAAAACAAAAAACGAAACAAUUACGUGAGUUAUCCUACUGACGACGAGUUACUCGGAGACACAACAAGUAAAGAAGAUGAUGCUAAAACUAGCCGUGUGUUACGUAAAAAUACUUUGAAAGAACAAAACUCAGUAGAAAAUUUCGUCCCUGAGCCACAAACAGAAGGGAAAAAUCUUAUUAGAAAAUCACGACGCGGCAAAAAGUUGGAUGAUACUGAGGAAACUGAAAAUCAUGAAAAUGUGCCAACUGAAAUUAUUGACGUACCAAAAUCAAAGAAAAAUAAGAAGAAAAAGAAAGAAAGUGAUGUAAAUCCACUUCCUGAAGAAGCACCUUCAAAGAAAUCAAAGAAGAAGAAGAAAAAAGGAAAGAAAACGAAUUCUAUGACUGCUGAGGAUGUGCCACAACAUGAAAGCGCUAAGAAUAAUACUCACAAUGGGAGUAAUAUGUCUGUGGACUCAUUUCACAGUGCUGCUGGCAGCCCUAACACAGAACAUAACAAUAUAGAACCAGCACUCUCAAACAAAAUUAACAACACAUUUGAAAAGGAACAAACAAGUAAGAAGUCUUCUAAAAAAAAUAAAAAACGCAGUAAUAACGUCACUGACCAUAGUGAUAUAUCAGAGAACAUAUCAAAGCACAUAAUUGGUGACAAUAUUAACAACACAAUUGACAAAGAUAAUAAAAAAAGAAAGUCUGGACCUAAGGACAUUCAGGAAGCGAACCAUUUCAUCUUCACGGCAAAUUCAGAAAGAGAUAAUGAGGAUAGUUCAAUUUUAAAUAAUGGACAGAUGAAGACACGAAAUUCUAUUAUUACAUCAGAUGAGAGUAACAUUUCAAGCACUGCAGACAGUAAAAACGAUGCAGGAAAUAAUUCUCGUACUCAAUCAAAGAAAAAUAAAUCAAAAGUAAAAAAAAAAAUACCACCAAUGAUGGCAUGGGAAGUGAUGAAUUGGAUAAAAUAGACCUUGAGAAUAACAAAUCACUCAUUAAGGAUGUAGUUGAUACAAAUCGGGAGACUAAUUUAAAUGUUUCUGAUAUUUCCAACAGCCACCACAGAUCCAGAAGAUCCAUUCUAAAAGACAGAUCAUUUGAUAAAAGUACAAAUUCAGUUACACAAGGAGAUACGGACAUGGAAACAUAUUUGAAUACUUCUAACAAACAAUUGCAGUCGAGGAAAUCUCUUCGAAAGGAAUCUGCUAGCAAUGCCUUCUUAGUAAACAGUAGUAAGACUGAGAAAGAUACAGCUGAUGAUGUGAAUGUAUCUAACAUUGCAAGUAAACAGUUACGAAGGCAAUCUAAUAUUAAAGAUACAACUUUUGAAAAAGAUUCAGACAAGAUAAGUGACAACAUUACAAAUUAUACCUUUGACAAAGGAGAAAAACAGUUAGAUACCACAUAUGAAAAGGAAAACAUAACAUCAGCUCAGAAAAAGGAAAUUAAAAUAAAUGUUAACACAACUUACGAUAAACCUAUUGACACAACAUUUGACAAAGACACUUCUACUUCUUUUGAUGCUUUUAAAAUAGGUGUAAUUACCAGGAAAUCUAGUAUCAAGGAUAGCACUUUUGACAAAAGUAACAUCUCCAAAAUUAGUUUCACAAAGGAAGAUUUUAGUAAAGACAACAUCAUAAGCAGUUCUGCUACCAAGAGGACCUCCAUCAGGAGACACACUUUUGAUAAAAAUAACAGCUUCACAGUGAAUGCUAUCAAUACAACUUAUGAGAAGACAUCAAAUACAGAAAGUCCAUUGAAAAGGAAAUCACCAAGGAGAACCAAAUCUAUGGACAUCCAGACACAACUGAACACUACAUUUGAGAAGGAUGAUGCUGAGGUUGGCAAUGUGAAUAGUAACUGUGAACCCAAGUCUUCCCUAAUAAGCUCAGACAACAGCAGUGUUGUAGACAAGUCGGAGAUAUCUCGCAUCAGUAUAACCAGUGAUGAAUCAGAACACAUGGAGAACAUUGUGAACACCACUCCAUUGUUGAUAGAGAGCAGCAUUGAUGAGUCCCACCACUCAAUGACUAAGGUAGAAAGUCCAAAACCAAAAACUCCAUUGAAAAGAGAGGGAACAUUCACCAAAGAGAGUCCUCAGAAACAAGACGCUGAGACAAAUACUCCAACUAAACGAAGGUCAUCAAUAAUACCAGCAGCGGGUUGCACGCCAUAUCAUGUAACUAAGAGUAACCAGAAAAAGAACAUGUUGAAUGUGACUCGGUCCAUUGAGAAGGGUGUCCGUGCUUCUGUAGAGCCAGCUCCAAGGCUGACCAGAGUCAUGUUCUGCAGUCCUGUGGACAAUCCUGUGCUGGUUGCCCAGGAGAGGAAGAAGAUUAUAAAGUCUAAUCUGAAGGGAUCCAACAAGAGCUUUGUGUAUGAAGAGAGUGUUCCAGCACCGACAUCCCGCGUGGGUCGCAAGCGGUCGUACACUCAGAACGACGCAGACGACUCGCGAGUGAAGCGCUCGCGCCUCACUGAGGAUCUGCAGCAGUCGGUGGACCGGCUGUCCAGGCCCAGGACUGCUAGCGCUACAGCAAAACUAACGAGUACCACUCCAAAGAAAGCUGUAACUCCUUCAAAGCCGAAGUCUGAUGCCAAGGUAUCGCGCACCAAGCUGCCGAACUUCGCAGCCCUGCAUCAGAAGCAGUUCGACAAGAUGGAGUCGCUGAACGAGUGCCAGGAGCGCCGCGCUAAGAGAGCUAGACAACUGCUCACUCCAACUGCUCCAGCUGGACUGCUGGAGAGAAUCAGCCCUAAGAAUAACGUAGAUUCACCGAAAGGUAAGGAUGCCGUGAAACCCAAAGAGAAAACGGACACCCCUACCAAGAAAACUGACACCCCCACCAAGAAACUGCCCACUCUGGAAUCCUUACGACCAGGGUUCACCAGAUUCGGGUUCAAACUGAACUUGGACGUGAAUCCAUUUAGUAUACCGAGCAAGACAGAAAAACCCAAGGAAAAGGUUAUUGAGAGACCUAAUGGGGGUAUUCCAAAGCCGACGUUGCCAUCUUUAGCCGGCGCCACCUCAGUACGCCGCGAGGCAGCUAAGCAAACCGUCAUGAGGGAGAAAUCCUUCACAGAGAAAUGCAGCGUGAAAAGAAAUGAAAACAGGAGCAUUAUAAAGGGGGUCAGAACUAACAGGCGAUUCGAACUACAAAUGAAGAUGAGAAACAUUGAGUAA